AUGGCCAAAUCCACUGGAAAAGCCGCGACGAGAGGCACUCGCGUAAUUUCCACUGGCAAGACAGCAAGCCAUGAGGGAAAACUUGUCUUCGUCCCCAUCGAAUCGCAGCCUAGCACGUCUCUGCCUCUGUCUCCGUCCAUACGGCCGACGAGUCAGAAGCAUGCCGCACUCGAAAGACUGCCAGAUAUGCCUUUGUCAAACUGGGCUAAACCGUUUACGUCGGUGCAGCGAAAUGACAUAGGACAACGUCUCAGUCGCUUCAGACUCGAGAGAAGUGAUCGGUAUGCCCGGAAAAGGAGGCCAUUGGUGUCCAGUAAGUACCCUGACAUCUGCACCCAUGUCCUUUCAAUUUCUCACGAUGCCGUGGUAGAAUCUAGCGAUCACUCGACAGGUGCCUCUGAGCCCAAUAGUGCUUCCACUCUUCCGUUAGAAAGACACUCGCAGCCGCACAUCUCCCUUCUCGAUGCCACAAGUACAUACCGACGAGAUCACUUCACGGUGUUCCCCGUAGAGGACAAUGAUUUGGUCCAGUCAUUAUUCGCAUUUUGUUGGUAUUCCAAAGUCAAAGGCUCACAGCCGAUGCUAAUGAACACAGAUUUGAAUGAUUUGAACAACAAGAAUCUUGCAAAGAAUCCCAAUAGAGAUUUCAUUCCCAUUGCGCUGAGUAGUGCAGCGUGCUUUCAUGUACUCAUGGCGACUGUAUUGCAAGUACAGCGAGCUCAGGGUCGGCCCGCAGAUAAUUGUUUUUGGUACCACAGAGGAGGAGCAAUCGCAUCGUUGAACAAGGACCUUUUAGGUGCCGAGUCGCUGAUCACAGAUGCGAUGUUUUGUGCAGUAGGAAUGCUGGCGUACGUCGAGGUAUGA